UUGCCGUGUGUGUUUUCUGUAUGUUAUUCCAUGCAGUUGGAACUGGAAAAAGCUUGGGAGUUCAGUUAGUCUAGCCCUGUCAUUUCAAUCAUGAAGAAACUGAGGCAGAAGUGGUUAGAAUAGAUGUCUGGAACUAGAACUCAAGUCUCCCGGUUUCCUAGCACUAGUUUUCCUAGUCUUUCUCUCUAUACCACACUUCUUCUGAGCUGUAGCAUUACAAGAAUAGUGAAAUACAGACUCCACGUUCUGUGUCUUGUAAGUGGCAGCCUGUUGUUGGUGCGAAGUGAUGAGUCCGUUGACGGGGAAAAUAAACAUUUCCCGAAGCUUCAGAAAGUGUGGCUUUGUGAUGACCGCCCGCUAACUGUUGUCCUUGGAAAUACAACAGAGCCCAGGCUGAGACUCCACCCUGGAUCUGGAACUCAAGAUGGAGACCAGACCCACACUGGGGUGUUCUGGGACCCAAACCCAGGCUCACUGUGGAACCUUAUGCUGUGGAGAAUCCUUAGAACCUCUCAAGACUUUCACCGAUCUGCAAUAGCACCAUCACUGAUAAAAGAGAGCAAAAUGGAGUCUCUCACGUCAAGCAGGGGCCUGAGUCAAGCAAUGAAGCAAGCAGUUAAAGGUACCGCAGCUGGGAGAUAUCGCCAGGACCCCCGUCAGCUGACACCCCAGAACUGAAAACGAGCAGAACCAGAGCAGGUCUGCAGGGACCCGAGACCGAUUCGAUCCCUUUACAAAGGGGAGGGUUUUGGCAGCACAAUGUCAGAAAUUUCAGACCUGACCUCUCCACGUCUGACCACUUUAGAAAGGCAACUGCUGCUGAAGGCUCUGCCCGAGGGAUCUCCGACCAGAACCGAGAGCCUUGCCUGCUUGAAGGUAAGCAGCCCUAAGUGCCCAGAGCUGCCCCCGGACCCCCGAAGCCUCGCCUCAACCGCGCGCCCCUACACCGACUGCGCGUGGGGUUCGUCCACGUCCGGCACCCUUCUGUCGUCUUGUUUGCCGUGUGGCCUGUCUUCCGCCCUGCCCUGCGUGUGUGUGAGAAGCCAAGUUAAUCACAAGGGGAAUGUCUUGGAGUUUGGAGUCAGGAACCUGCUUCGGGAUUGUGAUUUAACUCGGCUUUCUGACUGAUACAGCUGACCUUGGGAAAGGACGCAGCUUGGCAGCGCGCUCGGGAACGCCUGCGCCCAGCGGCCCUCCCACAGGCCACUGAGGUUUCUCUCAAAGCACCUGGGCCCAUGCGAUUACGUCCACGUAUGCGCUCCCAUAAAUGACUUCACUCUGCCUUUUGUUAGGGGCUGUGACUGGUAAGCCUAGUCCUCUCGAGUUACUCUCCCCCGAACUCCCAUUUCCGAAGCUCUCGGUUGCUAAUUUGGCGUGAACGCCCCCUACUGGCAAGAUCCCGCCAUUCUCCCCAGUUAUUGCGGCUCUCCCCAUUGCCAAAAUCACACCGAGUUUGCUAAAUACGGAAAAAAUGUUUUCUUUAAUUUGUUAUGCUGUUCGGAUGGCCAGAAGGUGAAAAGGAAGAAUAUUAUUAUACCUACAACCUACAGGAAACCCUCCGUGGAUGAUGACUUCCAGGCUGCGGGUUCAUUCCGUAAUUGCUCCGACUAACAAUGCCCUCGACGGCAGACCGAAUUAAAAUGCAUACCCAGCAGAGCUGUAAUUUUUUAGUUCUGAUUAACCAAUUCUGUCUCCUUGAAUGUAAAUAACCUCUCUUCCUACUUUGAGAUUUUGCUAUUUAGGAUUUACUCAAUACAAAUUUUAAACUAGAUUAAAAAACAUCUUUUCAAAUUUAUUUCAAAGAUAAAUGCCUCCUACAAAUCUUGUCAUUAGAUACUACUGGGUAGAUCCAUGUAUGCCUGAGGCAUUAUCAGUGAUGUGUGGGGGCUGGUAGUUUUUUUUUUUUUCUUUCUUCUAUUUGGUAUUCUCUUCUUCUUCUUCUGUUUGAGUAAAUGGUGGUGGGUGGAUUUGCAGACAGCAGCUCUUUCCUCCCCCAGGGCUGGAUGCAGAGGUGACUUUUCUCUCUACAGAACCCCCCCCCCCCUUUUAAAAAGAUUUUAUUUAUUUAUUUGAAAGAG